AUGAAUGAUAAAGCAGCCAGUUUUGAAGCCACCCCUUUCGAUGGUGAUGAUGCUAUAUGGCGUGUUGUUACUGCCACACGCCUAAGUGGCAGGGGUGGGUCUCUGCAUACGAUUCCGGCGUCUCUCCUCCCUCUGGACAAUCCGGCGUCUCUCCUCCCUCUGGAUAAUCCGGCGACUCCUUGCAAUCCGGCGACUCCCUCCGACUCUCUCCACCUCCGGCGACUUCCUCUACUCCUCCCGACUUCCUCCAUUCCUCACCGAUUGAAAUGGCGACGCCGACAUCGGGCUCUCAAUAUGACUAUCAACCUAAACAUCUUCACCCAGGACCUAUACAAGAUAAAAUGCUAUAUCGUCAAACAAAGCAUAGGUCUCAAGCUGUCUAUGAGAACAGGAUACCGGACAUCAAAACAUUCCGCCUCAAGGACCGUAGAACACUGUCAAUCUACAGUUCUUGGCCCAGUUGAGGAUUUGGAUCGGUGUAGUCGAUACAGUUGGGGAUUGGCUUUGCUGGCUGGGUUGUACUCUGGCCUAUGCGAGGCAUCACAGUAUACCAUGCACGACGCCACUGGGUGUCUAUAUUUGUUACAGGUAUGGGCGUAUGAGCGGAUCGAGAGGAUCGCGCCCCAAAGAAAAGGAGUAGAUUAUUUGCUUGAUGAGACCGCUCCAUUAGCUCAGCGAGAUCAAUUAACAAGUCUGCGUGUUGAAGAUGGAACCCCACGAUAUGUCUGGGAGAGAAGAGGUGAAGUAUUGAACAACAUUCGCGUGAGUACCGAGAGGUUUAGAGAAAAACGAGAAGAUGAUAAUCUCCUAGACGAAGAACUUGACAAGCAUUUGGACGAUAUCAUCAAUCAAACACAUGAUGCUUUAACCUUGGCGCAAAUGAUGAGAUGGAGGUGGAUGAUACCCAAAUCUGGUUGA